CGUGGACACAGCGCGCGCCGCUCGUCUGAGCCGCGACCGCCGGUCGGUGUAUACUGUGAUGUGGCUUUAAGUGUGUGUAUGUGAUACAGAAUACGUUCCGAACAGGUGUAACAGCUCUUACAGGUUUUUUGAACGUCGCGUCUUAACUCCGAGGUGUUAGUUGUACGCGGGAAGCCCGCCAAAGCGCUCGCACGCUGUGUACGCACGCACGCACGCGCAAAGGAAUAUUUUAGACGCGGGAGAGUAAACUGAUAUUUAAAAAUAUAUGUAUAUAUAUGGUGUUUACAAAUUUUAUAGAUGAAAUGGUGGAUUUGUAAAUAAUGAGUGUUAGUGAGUUAUAAAUUAUGUGGGAAUAUUUGUUCGUGUUGCUGAUCGGCUUCUGGCUCGGAGUCGCUAUAUUCCUCUACGUGUCCUGCUUCUGGCUCGAGGAGAUACUUGACCUGCCACAUCGGUCAGGGCGAGCUCGGAGCCCUAGCGCGAGCGGUGCGCACGCGCAGCUCAAACGGCUGGUAGCUCGUGUGGUGGAGGAGGCCGCAGCGCUGCCGGCCUUGGCGCGCUAUGCAGCCGAACCCACCACGCCAUGCGACGCUUCCACAUAUGAAGAUCUGCUGGCCACGGCUAUACUCAAUAAGGUGAUCGAGCGUUAUCAGACGGAGAGCGGGUCGGGAGGUCGCAGCAGUGGCAUACACUCAGCCAGCGCCAGUCCCUCACCCUCGGAGCGCUCCUCCCCACGAUCACUCAACUCACGAGCCACGAGAGAGAUCACACCACCGGUGUGCGAAGAAGAUGCAUCAGAUUGGGAGGAAGACGCUACAGAUGGAGCGGAACUGCCGAAGAGAGUGCCCUUCCCUGAAUACGGCGGAGACAUUGUGCAUACAAACGAGUUCCGCGAUUUCGAUGAAGUGUCCGGUAGCGACAUACAGGCUGCGGACGGAUCUUGGGAAGAAAACUGGUUGUUCCAGAAGAAGAAGAUCAAAACUAUUCAGUCGGCCCCGGUCCCCAUGUUAGUACCCAACUCCAACACUCAAUACAGGGCACUCAUCGGCGAUAGAGACGCCGACGACACCACGGACCUAUCAGAUAACGCCAGUGAUGCUGAAGAGGACCAAUACAAGAGCGGCAUCCAGAAAGUGGUCGACUCCAGACGUGUGAUUGGUGGAAAACCUAAAAUAGAAGAAGUAUUGGACUUCGAACCCGACAGUCUCAAUAUGGUUGACGAUACAGAAAUCUACGAGGAAGAAAAUCGAGAUGAUGCUAAAGACAUUCCUGAUACACCAGAGAAGAUUGUCAAAAACGACUCCAAGCUGGUGGUCGCCGUUGAUAGCGGCCCCAUACAUAGAGCCGAGUUUAAUUUAACAGAAGAAAUACAUAGGACGGUGCUCAACGGCCACAACGGAGACUCGGAGGAAGAUACACCGGAUAAGCCCAUAGAGCCAAGUGAGAGCAGUACAGCGAACAACACACUGAGUCGUUCUGAACGUGAGAAGGACUAUGAAGAAGCUGUGUCGCUCCCGGUCCAGAGAUACGCUGACAGUUUGAGGAAAAAACACUUCGAGGAACCACUAGAUCACUCCACUCCAAACGGAGUUAAGGAAGAGGAAUUGUUACCUGGUUCUAUCGCGUACAGAGAACGUAAGAAAUGGCUGAACUAUGUGGAGAUGCCAAACAACCCGUACUCACCGGAAGCUAUCAAGAAGAGGCUCUCGGCCAAGAGCACGUCGUCACUGUUCGACACAUUAACGAAGAAAGAACAGCACCAAGACAAACAUACCUCCAACGAGGACGUGUCCAAGGAAAAUGUAGAACAACAGGAGACAGAGGGUCGAUUCAACAACAACAAGCUGCGAACUAGCAUGAGUUCAGACAAUGUGUUGGAAAACAGAAGAUCCGUGAGUCCAUCCAUGAGAAGUCUGAGAAGUGCUGUCUCUGAAGACGCCACCUCCUGCAAGAGAUACGACCGCGAUUACUAUAUAAAGGAGGCCAGAAACUCGUCCGGCGAACGGAGGAAGAGCGGCUCGAGCGGUUCCUUGUGUGGAGUGGGGGUCAGACCCGCGACCGCGGACCGUCAGGAGUCGCCGAGACCCGAGAGUUCGCCAGGAUUGCUUAUAAAGCAAUUCAACACGAUGGCUGCCAAUCGCCAGCACGCGACGUUCACUGGCAGAGAGGAUAACGUCUCGAUAACAACGAUGCCAGCAGAGUACAGCAACGAGAUCAUCAUAGAGUACGAAGACGUCCACGAACACUCGCUGUUCGAUGGCAAAGUGGACACGGACGAAGACACGGACAAGAAGUUCCAAGAAAUAUUAAAUAUGGCCUAUAACAACGAUCACGUCCUGCUGACGAACAAAGCACACGAGCUGGAGAACUCUACGAGCACGCAGAACUCGCUGAGUUCGAGCAGUUUAGGGGAUUCGAUCAAAAUAUACAACGUACAGACCGGUGAGGUCGUGAAGUGUAAGCCAGAAGAUAAGUUAUCAUCACAGAGAUACGGGGCUGAAGCUGAUACUGUGCCCGAUAACGACGCAGCCGCGACUAGCGCCGCCACUGACAUAAGCGCAGCGGACGAGCACACAGCGGCCGAGACCUUAGACGCUCAUAGGACCAGCGAAAUUGACGACCUGCCUGAACAUUUACCGAGCGUGAAGGAACUAGCGAAGAAAUUUGUUAGCAUGGAAAGCCUCAGCGAGCAGACCAAGCCGGUCCUUCCUAUGAAACGGCACAAAAGCAAGGAAAAUAUCCUCAGCCCGGAGACAACUCGACCAGCCACUAAACUGACAUAUAUGCAUAGUCUCACCGCCAGAAGCAUCUCCAGGGAGUUCCGGGAGGAAUUGAAGCUAUCCAUGGCAACACCGCUCACGGUUCCAGGUGGUGCCAAAGACAUACCUGAAGGGGAGGAGGUCACCAGGGAAUCCAGCAGACCGGGGAGCCCCGUCCCCGAGCCGGGAACCAUCAAAACAAAACUGGCGUUCUUCGAAAGUCUCAAAUCAAAAUUCAGCAAGUAACUCCAAAUACCUCCAAAACGUCUCGAAAACUUAACAUAAGACUGGACUAACUUUUUGGAAAGCCGAUAGUUAUGUUUUCACCACUUAAGUGGUUACUACAGGCUAUUUACAAGGACGUAAAUAAUUUUUGUAGUCCCACUUACACAUCGAACGACACAUGAAUGACUUGAUUCCAUGUAAAUCUAUCGUACUACUGAUAAGUGUCAUAAUACCAUAUUAUAAUGAAGGCAUAUUCACACUAAUUUAUAUUAUACAUUAAUGUUUAAGUAAUCUAUAAAAGUGUAUAACAAAUGGUCGCCCUAGUUUUAGUGAUCCUGUGUAAAUAUUAAGUGCCAUUUGUAACCAUCUUCGUAGCUGAGGCCAAAGUUGUAAAUAUAACAUUCUAGUGUAGACUGUCACUUGUGGUUGUGUGCAUACAUCUUUAUUUUAAUAUAUUUAUAUAAAGGUGCAAUAUUUUGAUGUACUUAUUGUUAUAGUGAUAUUACAACCGAGCUGUUUAUAUUUGUUCAAAUGUAUUUAGUUGUGAUCGGUUUGAAGGUUAUUAUAUGAUGUAAUCAUUAUAUUCUACUUUUGGAUGUGGUUUAUUGGUCUACGAAACAUCAAUUAUAAAGAAAUUAAAUUUCUAAAAA